GGGAGUGAGAAAGAGGUAGAUGCGUGUGCGUGCGGGGGUAUUGAGUGCAUUAUGUGUGCGGGACCUGCUGACGUCCCGCUGUGAGACCCCGCGCGCCAAUUUCAUCUCACACAAUUGGCUGAGCGAGAGAGAGAGAGAGAGACAGAGAGAGAGAGAGAGAGAGAGACAGAGAGAGAGAGGGACGGAGGGAGGAUUUAGCCCCGGCAGCGUCUUUUCACGUCCAGCACAACAAGCUUAUUACCGUCCUCCGUCCGCGCCGCCGCUUGGAAACGGAUUUACGCACGAAAAAAAGGAGGAGUUUGGAGGGUUAGUAGGAUGCUGAGUAUCUUUCCUCCUCGCAACUGUUCUCCACCCUGAUCUCCAUGACCUGAGAGCGCCAUCACAGCGGGAGGAAAGACAAACCAGAGAGAGAGAGCAAGGAAGAGAGGAAGAGGAGGGCAGAAGGCCAGGGAAGGAAGGAAGGAAGGAAGGAAGGAAGGAAGGCUUUUUUUUGUUCUUGUUUGUUUGUUGUUUUCCAAAAUGGCGGCGACGGAGGCCAACGCGGCGCCGGUGGUCCAGGAAGACGGGAAAACCCCCGAGAGCAAGCCGACAGAGGCGGAGCAGCCGGCCAAAAACGCCAACGCAAACUCAGAGACUGUCAACAGCGAGGUUGUCGAUAAAGAUGGCAGCACUGUCAACAGCGAGGUUGUUGAUAACAAAGAGACUGUGAGUAACGAUACAGCGGCAGCAGAGGGAGGCGAGGAAGGAGAAGCAGCGAGCGAAGAGACGGCACCGGCCCAGAGUUCAGAAAACGCCUCCUCAGCCGAGCCCAAGACCUCGUUCCUGGACUCGUUCCUCAACAAGAGCGGCCUGGGGAAAGUGAUGGGAGGACGGAAGAAGAAAGAGCACAGCACAGCCGCCGGAGAGGAGAACGCCGCUGAAGGAGGCGAGAAAGAGGGUGAGAAAGGAGCUGAGGAGGCUGCAGAGGGAGCAGAGGGAGGUGCAGAAGGAGAAGCAGCAAUAGAGAAAGCUCCAGAAAAUGGCGAGAAGGAGGAGGAGAAGAAGGCGGAGAAGGGCAAAGGGGCAGAGUCCAAAUCCACAGUUCGAGAUCUGAUCAGGAAGCCGGUGGCGAGGAUCUUCUCCCAUCGCAGCACCGACAAGAAGGACGGUGGCGCCGCAGAACCCCAGAAACCAAUAAAGGUUCGGUCCAAGUCCCUGGACCGGCUGGAAGAUCCUGAAGCACUUAACACCACUGCAGAGUCGACCAUAGAGGAGGGAGGAGCAGCAGGCGGAGCAGAGGGAGGUGCAGAAGAAGGUGCAGAAGGUGAACAGAAAGCCUCGACUUCGGCAACCACCAAGCACAUGAAGCGCUGGCACUCCUUCAAGAAGAUCAUGGCUCAGAAGGGGCACAAAAAGAGCUCGGCAGGAGUAGAGGAAGGCAAGGAGGAGGGUGUAGAUGGAGAAGGAGGAGGUGGAGACUCCUCCACGCUGGACUCAAAGGAGUCGGGGCAGAAGAGGUGGAAGCUGAAACGCUCCUGGACCUUCCAGGGCCUGAAGAGGGACCCAUCCAUGGUGGGCAUCAGCGGCAAGGCCAAGGGCUCCGACAAAGAGUCGGGAGACGUGAAGCCAGAGGAGGCUGCAAGUGUGGAAGAAGGAGAGGAGGCUAAAGAAGGAGGAUCAGAGGAGGGCAAGACAGAGGGAGGCGAGGACAAGGAGAAAGCUGAGGCAGGCGAGGAGGAGAAGGCAGCAGGAGGCGGGACGGUGACGCAACACGCCAAUGAGAUCUGGACCUCCUUCAAGAAGCGAGUCAUCCCCAAGUCCAAACGCACCAACACAGAGUCCGCCCCCAGUGGCGAGGAGGACGCAACUGCAGCUGUCACUUCAGGUGAGGAGGGAGCAGCCGAGGAGGGCAAAGACGGCAAGUCCGCCAAGACCAAGCGCUCGCAUUUCGGUCGUGCGGUUUCCCUGAAGAACUUCAUCAUGCGGAAGGGCAAAUCCACCAGCGUGGACAUGGGUGAGGGCGCCAAGGAAGAAGAGGAGGCCACGGAGGGAGGAGAAGCAACGGAGGGAGGAGAAGCAACGGAGGGAGGAGAAGCAGCGGAGGAAGGGGGCGCCGAUGGCGAAGCUGCUACAACAAGUGAGGAGUCCAAUGACAAAGAUGCAGUGGCAAGCGAGAAGACGGAGGAGGCAGCGGAGAACGGAGGGGAGGCGGCGAAGGAGGCAGAGAAGACGCCGGCUGAAGCUCCGGUGACCAACGGGGAGAACGGCUGCUCCAACGGUACGGCGGAGGAGCACGCCACACACAAUCACCAGGAGGAGGAGAAGACGACAGGGGGCAGCCCCGUGAAGAAGACCAAGGAGGCGGGGCCGAAAGACGAGGCCAACGCCAAGAUCAUCAACGCCACAGCAGCUGUGAACAGCGACAAAAAGGCGGGAAACGUGUGAGGCUACACAAAGAGGAUUAGAACUGCCGGGAUUCGCUGAGCAAGGAGCUCUGACCCCAACCCACAUCCCUAACUCCUCCUCCCUCCUCCCCCCUUCCUCCUUCCCUUCAUCCCUCCUCCUUCCUCCCGAGUAAACGGAGUAAUCACGUGUUAUCAGAUCACCAUGGUGAGAAAGAGAGAGAGAGAGAUUGAGAGAAUGAGAAAGAUGCAGUUCAUGUAGAUGAGAAGUGAGAAAUAAUAAUCACUCAGAAAGCAAUAAUUCAGCCCUUCUUUCCACCCCUCCAUCCCUCCCUCCAUCCAUCCCCUCUGUCCUCCGACACAUGCAUACAUACGAACGUGUACAUCCGGUGUUUUUAUCUUUUCUUUGCUUGUCUGUGAGAUUUUAUAUUGUCUACGAGAGAAAAGAAAAAUGCAGAAAUGUAAAAAAUGAAAAUCGAGACAUUCCACCCCCUCCUUUAAACCCCACCCCCUCCUUUAAACCCCGCCCGCCCGAUACCCGGACCCGAACCCAUCCUCGCCGAGCUACUUAACCCCGCCCUGUCUCUGCCGGCCGACUCCUGGUUGGUGGAUUUAAACGACAAUAAAAAAAAA